UGCGCCUGUUGUCAGUGUUCUCCUCUCCUCUCCUCCCACGCCCCUCCCCCCAAAGCGCCACCGCAAGCUUGUGCGUUUCUCCGCACGUCUGCCUUCAACUUCAGUUCUUCUGUUACAACAACAGAGCCACGAUGGCCAACGAGCACCGCCUGACAGACGGCGUGUCUGUGGAGGCGAUCAAGACCUUCUUCGCAGACCUGCAGAGCGAGUUCCCCGACACGUACACUGAGAUGACUACGGAGGAUGCCUGCAAGCAGCUGGUUGUGCCACGCACGCGCCAGGACAACUGCGCCUACGUCGAGCAGCUGCACAAGCAGUCGCCAGAACACGUAGACAAGGCCACCGUGUUUGUGUCGCACGCAUGGCGGUACAAGAUCGCAGACGUGCUCAACGUCUUGCUGGAGUUUGCGGAUGAGCAAGCAAGGAAAGACGACAGCAAGCCCGUGUUCUUCUGGUUUGACCUCUUCAUGAACAACCAAAACGCCAACGUCACGGCCAACCUCCCACAAGAGUGGUGGAGCACCACAUUCAAGGAGUCCAUUGCUAACAUUGGCCAUGUGCUGCUGGUGCUCAUGCCGUGGCGGGACCCUGUUCCCUUGACACGCGCGUGGUGUUUGUGGGAGAUCUUCUGUGGCAUCAGCAACGAAGGCACAGAGGUCACCAUCCAACUGCCCAAGAGCGAGGAGUUAGAACUGGUCCUAGCCAUCGCGGGUGACUUUAAAGCCGUCACAGACACGCUGGUGCGCGUGCAGGCAGAGCGAGCCGACGCCUUCAACCCACACGACAAGCACAUGAUCUUCACGGCGAUCGAGUCGUGGGCGGGCGGCUUCAGCGCAGUCAACCAGGCCGUGAAGGACCAGCUGCGCGCGUGGUGCCUGCAAAAGGCGGUGGGUGCCGUCGAAGCCAUGCGAGCGCGUGGCGAGGACAGCACUGAUGCCUUCGCGGAGUUGUGCGGUGCGGUUGGGUCGGUGCUGAGCGAGUUUGGCGAGCACGACAAGGCCAUUGCCUACUACGAGACAGCGCUGGCAAUCCGGCUCCGCACCGAAGGGGAGAAAGGAGGGAACGUGGCGGUGCUGUACAACAACCUCGGCAACGCCUACUUCAGCAAGGGCGACUCCUGUAAGGCCAUCCACUACUUCGAGAAGGCUCUCGCCGUCUUCGUGGAGGCGCGUGGGGAGAAACACCCCAGUACAGUCGACACAUACAACAACCUCGGCAAUGCAUACAGCGGCAAGGGCGACGGUGACAAGGCCAUUGAGCUGUACCAGAAGGCCCUCACCAUCAAAGUGGAAACGCUGGGCGAGAAACAUCCCAGUACAGGCGACACCUACGGCAACCUCGGCAACGCCUACUUCAGCAAGGGCGCGUACGACAAGGCCAUUGAGCUGCAUGAGAAGGCGAAGGAGGUGUUUGUGGAGACGUUGGGCGAGAAGCACCCGAGCACAGCCACGACGUACAACAACCUCGGCAACACACACUACAGCAAGGGCGAGUACGACAAGGCGAUUACCUUUUAUGAGAAGGCGCUCGCCAUCAGGAUCGAGACGUUGGGCGAGAAGCACCCGAACACAGCCGACACAUACAACAACCUCGGCGCCGCCUACGUCGACAAGGGCGAGUACGGUAAAGCCAUCCACCACUACGAGAAGGCGCUCGCCGUCUUUGUGGAAAUGCUGGGGGAGAAGCACCCAAGCACAGCGAGCACGUACGGCAACCUCGGCAUCGUCUACACCUACAAGGGGGAGCACGACAGAGCCAUCCAACUUUGUGAGACGGCCCUCGCCAUCGCGGUGGAGACGUUGGGUGAGAAACACCCGAGCACAGCCGACACGUACAACAACCUCGGCCUUGUAUACGGCAGCAAGGGCGACUUCGACAAGGCCAUUCAGCUGUACGAGAAGGACCUCGCCAUCACGGCGGAAGCGUUGGGCGAAAAGCACCCGAGCGUAGCCAUGACGCUUGAGAACAUCGGCCUGCUGCACGCCAAGCGCGGCGACAAGCAGCAGGCCUGCGCCUAUGUCCAGCAGGCACUCGACGUUUUCGCGACCACGCUUGGAGCAAACCACCCAAACACCCGCAAGGCGGAGCGCAACCUGCGGCGCAUUCGCGGUGGUGCUGUGACCAGGCAGCACACAUCCACGCAACACGUGUCAGAGUCUCGACUUCAGCAGCAAAACGUGCUUGCUCAUCGCAACCUUCUGCUUCGGUUCAUCUCUUCUGCUGUUGUAUACCAGUCGUUUGCUCCACAACGCAACCUGCUCAUGCGAUUUCUCGGUGCAGUUGCACAUGCUGAUGUUGACGCAAGACGCCCAGCAAACACAGGCAGCGACAAUGAAGACAAGAAGACAGGGACUGGGCACGGCUGUCCUCGUGGCUGCUCUGCACCAGCAAGAGCGUUGUACAAGGACGCUUGCAAGUGCCCUGGUGAGCCUGUUGCCGGCUGGCUGCGGAAGCGUGGGCGGCGGAGGGCCGCCUUUCGCCCGUGCUGGUGCAAGUUUGACGACGACGGCCACCUCGCGUACGGCAAGUCCGCUUCAGGCACGGCCAAGCGGCGCAUCCCCCUUUCCAGCGUGCUGUCAGCUGAGCUCGCGCAUGGUGGCGAGGAGAUGCACGUUGCUGUUCCCGGCCGCACCUUCGUCUUCCGCCUGGACGCGCACUCUGACACCUCGCUCGCUGACUGGUGCACCGCCAUCAACAACCGCAUCAACACCACCACUUGACUGUGUGCUGUGCUGUGUGUGUGUGUGUGUGUCUGUGCUUGCUGGUUUGCUGGUUGGUCACUUUGCUCCUUUGCUUCUGUCUUUCCUUCACGUGCUUGCUUGCCACUUCACUUGCCUUGCUUGACGUUGCUUGUUUGAUACUUUAGUAAACUCUUCACGCA